UUCUACCAGGGCUUGGUACCUGUGACUGUGCACGCAAUGCCAGGCUUGGUGCCUGUCUGUGGAAGGAGGGAUGCAGGUUCUGUAGCUGCAGGAACAGGCAGGCAGGCUGGCUGACUGAGCACACACUCCCUGUGCCUUUUCUCCCCAGACUCUCCACUGGAGACACAGAGGGAGAGACAUCGCUGCUCAUUUGAGAUCCUGGGGAUUUCGUGCCUGGCAACAAAUUGGCUUCAAAGUCCACCGUCCUGAGAAACUGCCACCUUCUCACAAAAGGUAUUCUUUCUGGUGAUUGAAGCGCAUCUUGGAACAAGGUAGAAAGCAUGGGAAAAAACCUUGACUUGUCUGGUUUGACAGACGAUGAAGCUGAACAUGUGCUGCAGGUUGUCCAGCGGGAUUUUGAUCUACGAAAGAAGGAACAAGAACGACUGAGUGAACUGAAGCAGAAACUGAACGAGGAAGGCAACAAACGCACAAUCCUUUCCAAGCAGGAGAAGUUCAAUGAGAACUGCUGCAUCCGCUGUUGUAGCCCAUUCACCUUCCUCAUUAACACCAAGCGCCCUUGUAUUGACUGCAAGUUCAACAUCUGCAAGAACUGUGGUGCAUACAGUAAGAAAGAGAAGGCCUGGAUCUGUACGGUGUGUCACCAGGCCCGCCUGUCGUAAUCUAUAGGCACAGGAGUGUGAUGGAAUACUCACCACUGAUCUGGAUGAAUGUGGCUCCAACAACACUCAGGAGCUGAACACCAUCAAGGACAAAACAGCCUGCUUGAUUGGCUCCCCAUCCACCACCUUCAACAUUCACGCCCUUCACCACCCACACACAGAGACAACAGUGUAUACCAUCUACCAGAUGCACUGCAGAAACUCGUCAAUGUUCUUUUAACAGCAUCUCUCAAACCUGUGAUGUAUACCACCUUAAAAGAAAAGACCAGCAUUUAUAAGCCAUGCACAGCCAUGAUUUGGAUCAGUGUCACAGUUCCUUUGCUGUUGCUGGGUCAACAUCCUGGAAUUCCUUUCCCAACAGCCCUGUGGAGGUACCUAAGGAAUUGUGGUUCAUGAAGACAGCUCCCCACCAUCUUUGCCAGGGUAAUGAGGGAUGGGCAGUAACCAGCGAUACUCUCAUCCCAUAAACAGACAAAAGAAAGGUAGCUUUGUGACAGAAUUUGUGCUUCAGAAGUUAUUUUUUUUUUGAGAUGUACCCUAACUGAAGAGGAAAACUGAGUAAUGAAAUUAACCUCUCCCAAUUUCAAAGGAGACUAAGACUGCAAUUCAGAUUCAUAAAAUCUGUACAGUUUGGAAACAGGCCAUUCAGCCCAUUGAGUGACCUUCUGAAGGGCAGCCCACCCAAUCCCUAUAAUCCUGCAUUUUCCAUGGCUAACCCACCUAGCCUGCAUAUACCUGGGCACUAUGGGCAAUUUAGCACAGCCAAACCACCUAACUUGUAGAUCAUUGGACUGUGGGAGGAAGCGGGAGCACCCGGAGGAAACCCACACAGACACGGGGAGAACAUGCAAACUCCACACAGGCAGUUGCCCGAGGGUGGAAUCAAACCUGUGUUCCUGGCGCUAUGAGGCAGCAGUACUAACCACUGAGCCACCAGCCUGCCCCAAGAUUGGAAACCAAAACUUCCAGAAGACUGACACAGGUUGAAACCAUUGAGCAGCUGAGCUCAGCUGCUGCCUCCAAUGGUACAGUACAGGUAGACUGAAGAAGACGGAGGAGAGAUCCAGAAGCUGAGGAAAGAAGACUUGUCUUCCUGACAGUAAAUUCCUCAUCAGUGGAAAUUGUAACAAUGUUCCUCACAUUUCUCCCCAUCCCAGGCAAAUUUGCUCUUGGACCAGAUGCGUACAGCACAAGUUCAUUGGCUCAACAUUACUACAUUAUUCUUAUCUUGUCUCAGUAAAUGAUUGAUACCAUGCUUUGAAGAACAACGAACCACAUCCAGAGAUUCUGAGCAGUCCCAGAUGGCUUCCAGAAUUCGAUGCUCAUUCGCAAAAGUUUCGGAUUACUUUUAUGCAUUCCUGAGUAUUAUUGUCACCAGUAUAAAUCACCAACUUUCAGGCA